UCCGUUAGUGUGUGUCGGGGCCUUUUUUUCGAGCCUUUUUUGUCGGGAAGGUGUAAGUAAAUAGUGCUAAUAAUUGCCAACUUAUAAAUAGACAGAGGUAAAAUAACUGUGACCGAACUUUAUUAUUUACAGUAUAUAUAUAAACCGCUGAUAGCUGUAGUUGUCAAAAAAUUCAUUGGUCAAAAUUGUUUCAAAAUUUUAUCUGUCAAAUGUCUGUCACAUUAUCAAGCGACUGCAGUAGUGCUGUCAAAGCAGAGUACGAUUUCGAGAUUCUAAUUAUUAUUGUUAUGCAGUCAACAACAUAAAUUUUGAAAAUAAUUGAACAAGUUUAUAGUGAAAAUGGCGACAACAGGGGUUGGUUUUCGGUGGUUAGAUUUAUUGGAAAAGGAAUUUGAUAAAGCAUGUGUUGGAUUAGAUACCUCUUUAGCGGAUCUGGAGACCGAGGAACCGGAGGCAAUGUUUUCUGCUCGUCAAAAAAUAGCAACAUUGAGUUCCUGUUUUGCUCAGCUCACUCAUAAAGCCUUGACCAUUUUUCAGCACAGUGCAAAACUUGAGGCCGAGUUGGUGGAUAUGAGGGCAGAAUUGGUGCAGGCGCGCGCGGCGUCAGCCGGUGGCUGUCAAGAGGGUGGAGACGUGGCGGGCAACGUCCCUGAGGCGGCGCGAGCUCGGGCGGAGGCAGCUCAGCUGGCGAGGGAAAAUGCCGCGCUACGAGAAACAGUUCUCGCGCUACAUUCGGAACUGUUCGGUGCUAGAUUAGCGACGAAGUAUUUGGAUAAGGAGUUGGCCGGACGCAUACAACAACUGCAGUUGCUGGGCAGCGACAUGCGAGCAGAACUGAGAGAUUCUCUCUGGGCGCAGGUGGAAGCGGAGAUCUUGCUGCAGCGGCACAAGACCCUGGUGCGCGUGUGCCGCGGCACCUCCCCCCGGCCCCCGCGGCCCGCCGCCCCUCUCCGCGCCAGACCGCGCACCGUGCGCGUGCGACGAUCGCCGCAUCUCGGCCUCGGCAUCUCGGUCACGGGCGGUCGCGAGCACGGCGUGCCCAUCCUGAUAUCGGAGUUGGAGUCGGGCGGACCCGCCGCUCUGACGGGACAGUUGUACGUCGGGGAUGCCAUACUGGCCAUCAACGACGUCGACCUGACGCAGGCGUGCCACAAGGAAGCCGUGCAGGCGCUGCAGAGCGUGAAGGGCGACUGCGCACUUUGCGUGCAGUACAUCGCCACCGACGACGAGGACAGGCUCUCCGAAGACAACUACAGGUUUCCCUUGUAUCCGGAAGACGGUGAAGAAUACUGCGACGAGAGAGACGGCUCCGGAGUGACUCCCACGGCACCGAGGACUCCGGAAUAUAACCACAGAUGCAACUCGGAGGAGAGAUCGCGCAGCGGCAGCGAAUCGCGCUUCGAGGUGUUCGGCCCCCCCACCGGCCCCACCGGCCCCGACAACGCCCCUUACCCCGACUACAACAACAUCAACAACAACCUCGACAUCCUCGACAUGGACGACGACUCCAUUAAGAUCGAAGCGAGGCUCGAGAUGGUGAAGCUGGAGGAGGUCGCGGCGAGACGGAGUCCGGCCCCGUCCGCCUCGCCCGGCUCGACGCCGGUGCACCUCGCCAGGACCUCGCUCAAGAAGAGGAAGGCCCUGGACUGGAGGACGAAAGGCGCGUACAGCGCGGUGUCCGUGGAGGGAGUGUCGUCGGACGAGCCGGGGGGCGAGGCGGACGCGGCGCGCGCUCGCGAUUGGCGCUCGAGGGGCUCCUACGCCGUCCUAAAGCAGAGGCACCGCUCCGACGACGACGCCCCGGACGACCGGCCUCGAUCCGGUGCCACCUGCGACAACGAAGCGCCCGUCGCUCGAGAAGUGACGAUAGCUCUGAGCGCCGCCCCCGCCUGCACCCCUGCCGUCUCGACCGUGAGUCCGGGGGCGUCGGAGACCGCUUCCGCGUGUCUCGCCGUCGACCGCAAGGCGGCCGGGGCGACGGCGCCGACCGGUCUCGACGACAAAGGAAAGCCGAACGGCGACCCGAAGCCGAGGAAAGAAAUUAAAAAUUUCAGGAUAGGUUCGGCGCGUCGCGUGGAGGCCCACGGCCUCUUCGUGAACGGUGACGGAGACCCCGACUUCGGGACUCCCGUUUGAGCGACACCUCGAGCCGCUUCACCGCUUCUCCUCCGCCGCUCGUCGCCGGACGGAGCCGAUUUGCAACCGACUGUUAUAGUAUUUAGUUUUGCGUAUGGCGUCUGCUCGUGACGUUUCGUUCGAUUCCGGAGAUAUUGCGGUAUCUGAACGUCGUUUUUAUCUUUUAUUUAUUUAUUUUAUAUAUAGAAUUACGGGAAGCUUCGCGUGUUCGUGUAUUCUAUGUGCAAACCCACUCUGGCAAAAUAGAGAAGGCGACGAGGCCGGUGUUUGACCUUAAAUUAAGCAAAAAUGCUGACAAAAAGAUGCGAACGGGCCGUGUGUCGAAUAUUUAAAGAAUUCGCCCACACCGUUGACGAGCCGUGACGCGGCAAAGUCGAUCUUGCCAAAAGUCAGAAUUGCCGAACCGCACUUCUCCGCUUUGCGAUACGUGAUGCUCUCGAAAAACAUUAAACAGCCACGAAAUAUAUCUGCCCGGGCCCCGUUAAGGUGGUGAGGGACGUGAGUCGUUUGUGUGAUAAGUCAUUUGGAAGAAAGUUAAAGAAACG